GACACCAUGGCCGAUAUCACGGCAGCGUUCAACACAGCGCUCAAAGCUCAUAAUGCGCCGCCGGUCACGUCACAUCGCUACUCAAUCGACCGACUGGACGAGUUUUUGAAAGAAGCAUACAGUAUCGUACGUCAAGAUGCUGUGACCGAGCUAUAUGCAAUAGCUUACGUGCAAAAGAAUGCUCGUAUAGCAGACUUAACUGCAUAUCUCCGCGCCAUCAGACCUUCCUACCUAUCCACUGCUCCCGCACCUCGACGACCGCAACGACAGAACUCUGCAGACCAAAAGUCCACUCAUGAUGCAACACAACGACACCUGUCCGACACCGAAAGGGCUUCGAUUGAUGCUGAGGCAAAGACUGUGCUGCGACAGUUACAUGCUGCCGUCGAGCGCAUAAGCCAGACCGAGCAGGUUAGACAGGACACUGCGUCUCAUAUCGCACUGCGCAAACGCAACCAAGGCGGUCUUGGUGCCAUUGGAAGAUGGGCGGCCGGAGGAGCCGUCACUGCGAAGAGUGCAGAAGAAGAGGUGGAAGAGGCUAGGCAANAGAUGCUCAACGCACACAGAGAGAGUAUCGUCUGGUUUUUACAAGCUAAACUCAGAGAGGCUGGCACUCUGCAGAGCACCAUGAUGGAGAUAAGAAUACAGCGUGAAGUCGAAAAGAGCAAAAGUGUGCUAUACAAAGCAAAGAGCAGCAGCGUUCCUGCUCACAGCUUCGAUGCCGCGCUGGACUCGGAGAAAUCAACAACACAGGGGCAGGAGAGGGCAGAACCACAGUUGAGCGCUGAACAGAUGCAACUCUUCGCACAAGAGAACCAAGACAUGAUGAAGCAUUACCAGGAUACUUUGGACCAAGUCCGCACGGCGGAGAGAUCUCUCAUCGAGAUUUCAGAACUACAAUCAACUCUUGUCGCGAAUUUAACGGAGCAGAACGAGCACAUCGAGCAACUGGUGCAAGAUUCUUUCUUCACGACAGAAAACGUUGGAAGAGGAAACAAGGAGCUAAAGCGGGCAAGCGAACGACCCAGCGGUGCAAGGAUCCUAUUCCACAGCACAUGCGCAUUCUGUGCAUUCCUCGUCGUGUGGGAUUUGAUAUUCUAG